GCUUUUUCAUUUUCAACAGCCUCCAAGCUGUUGCAGUCUUUUUGUUUCCUGGAUUGCUCUUUGCCAUUAAAUGUUUAAAUGUCCUUCACAUACAGCGCCGUCCUUGCCUGGGAUUCCUGUUGAAAUUGCUGGCUGACCUGCAGGCUUCUCAGUGCCUUACUGUACUUUCCUCCCACCAAGUCUGGGAGAUGCCUGUUGCAUUGAGGGUGUCAGCCCGCUGUUUGUAACGUGGAAGAUUGGUCGAGAUAAACGAUUGCGUGGAUGCAUAGGUACUUUUUCUGCCAUGAACCUGCAUUCAGGACUCAGGGAGUACACACUUACUAGGUGCUUCCAAUCAGCAUUCCAAUUUAAUGCUACAAAUUUCCAUUACAUGUUACUCUUCAGAUACAUCCCAGCCCCUGAGUGGGAAGCUUCUGGAUGAGGGAGGAAAGCUAAGUAAUCACCUGCAAGACUACAGUAUGGCAAUCUCAUUUAAAAGUGCCCUUAAAGACAGUCGUUUCCCCCCAAUGACGAGGGAUGAGCUGCCACGGCUUUUCUGCUCAGUGUCUCUACUCACUAACUUUGAAGAUGUAUGUGACUACAUGGACUGGGAGGUGGGUGUACAUGGCAUUAGAAUAGAAUUCAUCAAUGAAAAAGGAUCAAAACGCACCGCCACCUACUUACCGGAGGUUGCAAAGGAGCAAGGAUGGGACCACAUUCAAACCAUAGAUUCCUUAUUGAGGAAAGGAGGCUACAAAGCUCCGAUUACUAAUGAAUUCAGGAAAACCAUAAAGCUAACCAGGUACCGUAGUGAGAAGAUGACCAUGAGCUACACAGAGUACCUUGCCCAUCGUCAGCAUCAUCACUUCCCAAAUGGCAUUGGGCACCCCCUUCCACCAUACAACCAUUAUUCCUGACACUGAGCCGCAUGACCAGUCACUGGACCUCUCUGCAGACCUCUUCCCAGGAGACCCUGCCCCUUCUUGGUCUAGCUAUCUCUAUUACUGUACCAUUUUAUGAUGAUAGUUUCCGUUGCCAUUUUGAGGCUUCUCCAUAGUUGGUUAAGCUCAUUGUGGCAACGGGAGGGAAAACUGCAUUAUUACAAAGAUCCCAUACUUUUUUAUUGAAUCACUGCAGAUUUUUUUGCAGCAUAUAUAGCCCUUGGGUUUUUUAUGAAAUGUUAAAUUUCUACUUCAUUAACAUUGAAUUAUAUCAGUCAAGACUUUCUGUGACUGUGGAUGGAAGGAAGAGUUUAAGGAUUACAGUUGGGGAUUCUUUGCUCAGAUAAAAAAAAAGGCAUUCAUGGCUUUUUCAUUAAUAGCUCUGUCAGGGAAUGAAACAUAUCAGAUUCAGGUAUUAUAUUAGACAAUGAAUUGCAUUUUCUUAACCUUCUUAAUAGUAGUCUGUGGUACAAUAUUUCAUAGGCUUUCUUCUUCCCUUUGAGUUUUCCCAUGAGCUCCUUUGCUCAUCCGUUCAGGUCUCCUGCCAUGGCUGAGCAAGGAGCUCAUUGAA